AUGGUCGCCGCAGCAGCAGCCCGAGCCGACGCGGCCGAGGGCGCACACGGGACCCGGCAGCGCCGCCUCCGCGCCCGGAAAGGGAAGCGCGGCCCGGGGCGCGGACGGGCGGCGGCGGCGGCGGCGGCGUCUUUUCUGCGCAGCGCUGACCAGGUCACUAUGAACUUGGACUCCAUCUACCGCCUGCUGGAGGAGACGCGGGUGUUCCCGACGCCGCCGCCGCCGUCGGGCCGGGCCCCGGGGGGCGACGCGGCGUGCUCGGGGGUCCCCUGCCCCUCGGCGCCCGGCGAGUGGGACGUGUGCGAGGAGCUGCGGCGGCGGGAGCUGGCCGAGACCAAGGCGCGCGCGGCGCAGAUGGAGAAGACGAUGCGCUGGUGGGCCGACUGCACCGCCAACUGGCGGGAGAAGUGGGCGCAGGUGCGCGCCGAGAGGAACCGCGCCCGCGAGGACGGCCGCCGCCUGCGCCUGCAGCUCGACCUGGCCCUCAAGGAACUGAGCGCUCUCAGGAAGCGGCGUCCCGGCACCCCCGGCAGCCAGAAAGAAGGCUUGAUUAUCGACCCAUUAAGCCUGAAAGAGGAGAUGAAACUCAAUUUAGAUUAUCUUGAUUUGUUCAAAAAUGAUGGUUCUGAGGAUUCUGCAGUGAAACCUGGAUUAGGGCUUCAGGCAAGCAGUGAGUCUUCUGAGAAUGAUGUGCUUGACAUUUCAGCUUUGCGGGUGCCUUUGGAUGAGUUUCAGAAAAUCCUAUGGAAAGAACGCGAGAUGCGCUCAUCUAUGGGAAAAGAAUUGGAAUGCCUGGAGUCAGCUCUAUCUAUCUGGAAACAGAAAUAUGAAGAACUGAAGGAAUCAAAGCUGAAAACUAGGAAAGAGGUGGACAUCCUGGUGGGUGGGCACACUGACCAGGCGGAAGAAGAGAGUGGGAAUGAAAAACAAAGCAAAACAAAACACCAAAACCUGAAAGAUGAGAUCACUGGAGAAUACAGGGCAAAGCUGGAGAGACUGCGGACCUCCCAGUGGGACAAGCGGGAGACACUGGAAACUGAAAAGCAAGAACUGGAGAGAGAAAAUCGAAGCCUGAGGCUGCAGGUACAAGAAAUGGAGGCGCUUCUGUACAGGACACGUAGACUCAGUGCAGACGCACAAGGGCUGACCGUCAAGGCGUCACAGCUGGACCUGCAGGACCAAGACCAGGAACUGUUGGAUCUCCAACAUGCCUACCAGAAACUCAGCAGACAGUACCAGGCAAAAUUAACAGAACUGACACAUGCCAACAGCCGUGUUGACCAAUGUGAGGCCGAGGUGAAGAAACUGAGAUACCAAGUGGAAGAACUAAAACAGGGACUCAACGAGAAAGACAAUGAGCUGGAUGGUUUCCGGCAUCAGAUCCACAAACUCCAGAGAGCUUUGGAUGAGCAGAAAGAAACAAAUCACAACUUGGAAACGGAACUCCGGCACUUACAGAAUCGACCCUCAGGAACCUCUUGCUGUCUCAUGGUUAAGCCAAGCAUCUCCAUGUGAGUCUGACCUCAACGGGGACUU